CCGGGGAGCAGCUGAGAGAAGGGGGCGGACAAGAAGAUGGCGGCGCUGGGGGAGCCUGUGCGGCUAGAGAGAGACAUCUGUCGGGCUAUUGAGUUGCUGGAAAAGUUGCAAAGGAGUGGAGAGGUACCCCCACAAAAACUACAGGCUUUGCAAAGGGUUCUUCAAAGUGAGUUCUGUAAUGCAGUGAGGGAGGUAUAUGAGCAUGUAUAUGAAACUGUGGACAUCAGCAGUAGCCCAGAAGUGAGAGCUAAUGCUACAGCCAAGGCCACUGUUGCUGCCUUUGCUGCCAGUGAAGGUCAUUCUCAUCCCAGAGUCGUUGAGCUACCAAAAACAGAAGAAGGGCUUGGAUUCAACAUCAUGGGCGGCAAAGAGCAAAAUUCUCCAAUCUAUAUAUCCCGAAUUAUCCCAGGUGGUAUUGCUGAUAGACACGGGGGAUUGAAGCGUGGAGACCAGCUUCUUUCUGUAAACGGAGUGAGUGUUGAAGGGGAACACCAUGAAAAAGCAGUAGAACUGCUGAAAGCAGCUCAAGGGAAAGUUAAGCUGGUUGUCCGGUACACACCUAAAGUCCUGGAAGAGAUGGAGUCACGAUUUGAAAAAAUGAGAUCAGCAAAACGCAGGCAGCAGAAUUAAUAUUGUACAUAUAACUUAAAAAGAAGCAUAGCCUUUGCUUGUCUGCUCUACCCAUGAAAACAUCAUCUUGUAGUUAAAAAGAUGUUAAUUUUGUUAAGCCUUUUACAAAACCUCUCCUGAACAUCCUGACGCUUUGUCAGAAGAAAAGUUUAUGUAGGCAUUUGUAACAAUGUGGUUUUACAGAUCCUUCUUUAAAAUUCAGACCUGUGAGCAUUAAAACAAAUUUGUAAACUGUUUUUCAAUACACUUUAAUAAGCUAUUUUCUGCAUUUGUAACAUCUGUUUUUCUAGUAAUUUUUCCAUUUGACAUUAUUUAGAACUGAAAAUCUUUAUUUUGGGUACAGAUAUAAAGCAAAUCUUAUUCUUGGCGCUAAAGUCUGUCAUCUACAUACAGGCAGUUAUAAUUGUAUGAUUAAGUACCAUUUGUACUUUUGAAGAUCAAGUUUCUAUGCAUGUUCUAGAUCAUAACUUUAUUAUCUUGGACACUUUCUUACCUCUUUUAUGAAUAAUUUGUAACAGGCAGUCUCUUAUUUAAUGUUUCAGUGAUUGACAUUUGAAAAUCAUUCCUAUAAUUUAUAUACUUUUGUACUAAUUUCUGAACAUUUGGAGAAAUUGCACCACUGUGUAUUUAUAUUUAGUAGGGUAAAACUUGCAUGCAGUGCAGAAGAAAAUGUAUACAUACUCUUGACUUUCUCUUCUCUUGUAAUUUACUUAUCUUACCUGUGUCUGUUUGUACUAUUCAUCAAGGAAAAGUCUAUCAAAGACCAUAGUCAAGAUAGCUUAUAUUACCUCCAGUAGUGGAGACAGUAUACCUUUCAAUACCAAUUAUUGGGGAACACUGCAGAGAAAGUUUUCUAUUGUACUCAUGACCUGGUUGUGGGCUUUCUGAAGGUAUCAGGUUGUCCACUGUGAAACAGAAUGUUGGACUGGAUUGGCCUCAUCCAGCAUGGCUGUUAUGUUCCUAGAAGUAAUGAAUGUGAGCCUCACAGGGUACAUUGGUGGUUGACUUGCUAUUGCCAGAACAUGAAAGUUCUGUGAAUAUGCUGUUAGCUUUUCUAUGCCACUGUAAAAAUAGCAAACAGAUUUCAGGAAUUCUUUUGUAAAAGUGCUAAGGGAUCACUUUCUCUUGAAGAAAAUAAGGCAUUCCUAGCUUGUGCAAAUCUGUUGGGAUGGUUUUUAGCUUGAAGUGGAUAGAUUUCUGAGACGUGACACAUGUUUUCCCCUCUAAGCAACUUUCCCACUCCUCUAAAGAGUGCAGACUAGGUCUAAAUCCAUUGCAGUAGCUUCAGAUGGUAUGUGUUGAGAGAAAGCAGGCGUAUGCGUAGGGUGUUUGGAACAUACCUCCUUUUGUACAAAACCCAUUUCUGAAUCGUGGGACCCAAAGAAGAUCUGUGAAGAAUUCUUUUGGCAGGCAAGCUGCCAAGAUUGUGGUGUCAUGGAUGGUGUUUUUCAUCUGCAUACCUAAGAAUUUAUGUGAUUCCUACAAGCCUGAUUUUGUGAAUUGCCCAGACGGUUCUGGUUGUUGAGCAGUACAGAAAUGUAAGGAAUAAUGGAUGGAACUAUCUUGAGCUGUGCAGUCACCUCACUCCAUGGCUAGCAGGUACUCUACCUCAAAACUGCAGGGCUCUAAAGCUCUGUUUAAGUGGCAAUUUGCCUCCACUUUUGUAGCCUGCACAGCCAAGUUGAAACAAAUUGCUCAUAGUAGCUACACCCACAUUUUGCAGAGGAGCCCUCAACAGUAAAAUCUUACCAUUUAGGGCUUCAGAACAGGGCUGGGGUACCUUUAUCCCUACAGAUGUGUUGGACUAUAAUUCCCAUCAGCUUGACCAUUGGCCAUGCUGGCUGUGGCUGAUGUGGAUUGAAGUCCAACAACAUAUGGAAUGCCAUGUGUUCCCACCCCAGCUUUAGAAAGUCAGUUUGCAGCUAAUGAAUGUUUAUUUUGUGGGUAUUGGUACUAAUUUAGUUACUAAAAUGUCAGCCAGCUUGUUGGACCUGUGUUUGCUGGACAGAGCAGACUGAAAUCUGGUUAUGAACUGCCAGAAAAGUGGGUGUUGGUGAAGGAUAAGGUUUCAUGUUCCAUAUUGAGCUGUGUUAUAGAAGUUUUCAUUGCUGCUCAUGUCAUAAUCCAGGGUUAAGUAUUCCAAUGUUAUUUAAACAGAGUGCUACUUAAAACCUUCUUGUAGAGAAAACAUAGUUUAAUCCUGGAGGCUUUUCAGUGAAUUAUAACUGUUCAGAAAGAUGACACAAAUAGUCAGUCUGCAACUCUCUAGUUCAAUUUUGGGGACUGUUUUGUUAAUGGUUUAUCCAGAGAAAGUAUUUUCAACAAAACCUGUAGACUAUUCUUAACCUUAUUUACUCAGAAAUAAGUAGCAUGAGUUUGAUCGGGAUUUAUUUCUGAGUCAGAGUGCUUAGGAUUGCAGUCUUAGUGCUACAUCCAAUGUCACGCAAGUGGACUUUCACUUAUUCAUGAAGACUAUCCCUUGCCUUCCACUGCCUGUGCCCCCAACAUCUGUUCUGGAGAGCCCCAUAAAACUCCAGAGCAGAUUUUGGGAUACAUAGGGAGAUACAGAGGGGAGAAGGAAUCUGUUACGCUAGUGGAUGGACAACCUUGAUGAAACCCCUUGUCUCAUCCAGUUUUCAGAUUUUACCUUCCCUUCACCACCUUGUUUUUGGAAUUGGUUUGAUUGAAUUUCAAACCACAAUGUUGAGCUCUUCUGCCCUAGCAAUAUCCCAGUCAAACGUACGUGUGUGUGUGUGUGUGUGUGUGUGUGUGUGUGUGUGUGUGUGUGUGUCCUGCUUCCCCCAGAACCUUUGUAUUGAAAGCAUCGAUUACACAAUAGAUGUGUGAAGCCCAGCUUUUCCCCAUGUCUCCACUAAUCUGCCUCCACUCUCCUGCUUUAUUCCCUGCUUGAGACUGACAAUUUGUAAUGUUCCCAUCUUGUUAAAGAAAUAGAGGUUUAUUUUGAAAUUUGAGAAUUCCUGAAAUUUGAGAAUCAGGCUAACUCAUUAGCCUGAGUAUCCACUGGAUGUCAGUAUUCAGAGAUAAAUGUAUUCAGGUCAAUAUGAGUAAGUGUCUUAUAACACCACCUCUGAAUGUCUAGAACUAAAUGCAAUCAAAUUUAACUAUAGUGGCAAUAUAAAUCAUGAGAGCAGAUUAUGCUCCUUUGGAUGACUAUGUUUAAAAGAAGAAAAAUCUAGUGGGGUUUGUACAAGCAACUGUAAAUCCUUUCUGAGCAUUUAGGCAUUAUGAGCCUGUCUGUAAUAACUGAAUCUUAAGUUACUGAAACCCAGGAACUGUAUGAUUCCCCCACCACCACCCUUUGUAGUCAUUUUAGAUGAGACUGAGCACUGAAUUACAUGGUUUAAGUAUAUAGCCUGCUGCAGAAGGCAACCAGUAGAACCAUGUUGUUGAACCAUAUAUUUUUUAUGGAGCAAUUAAUAUUUAAAGUAUUGAGACCAAAAGAAGUAGUUGGGCCAAUCAUGAAGUAUUUUAUUUUAAUUGUAUAAUACUAGAUUUGUGUUCAAGCUUUCUAUAUUAAAGAGAAGAAUAGAAUCAAGUAAAGACUAUUAUAAAAUUUGUUCAUCUGAUGUUACUGGAUGUAGCAAUGUGUAUAUUACUCUAAAAAGAGUUAGUUUCAGGUUACCAGGGCUGGUGUAGAAAAGUGCUUUAUAGUGUAAUAUUGUGCAUAUUUACUUGGAAAGACAAACUAUUUUCAUUGGGGAUUACUCCCAGGUGUGUGUAGGACUGCAACCUGAGAGUAAGCUGCAUUCAACUCAAUGGGGCUUAUACCUGAGUAAACAUGUACAACAUAUACAGGAUUGUACUGUCUAGGGAUUUCCAUUAUCAAGUUUGGCUUUUGGAUUCAAUAGGCUUAUUGUUCCAAAACAUAUUGGAUUAAAAAACAACUGGCCUCCUGUUUUACUAAAGCAGUGUAUAAAGAGGAUUGUGAGGGCGAGGUGGGGGGGGAGGGGAGGGAGCUAAAGCCAUUUUAUGUCCCAAAGUUGGAUCACUAGAAACUGUGAAAGAGUUUGUGUCUACUUAAAUUCAGUUUUUUUCCCUUAGUUGCUGUAGUCUAUAAAGAUUCAUAAAUGGGAUCCUGAGGCUAGAUUGAAAGCCAGUUUUUAAAGUAAUACUAGAUUUAGAUUCGUUGGAGAAUCAAGAAAAGGACAUAUGGAAUACUACUGAACAGGUGCAGUGACUACAUUGUAUUGUGUGUGCACUUAUGCAAUAAUUUAAUAACCAGCACAGAUUAAAGAUAAACAAUACUGUGUGUGUAGUCUUUAUGUAUUUAAUUGCUGCUUCAGGGCCCUGUGCUUUUUUAUCAUUAUUUUUUUGCAACAUGAAAAUAAAGGAUUGGAAUUUUA